UCUGUCCCAGAUCAUCGUUGUUGUCGUUGUGAACCUUGAAAUUUACUAAGAGGUAACUACCUGCCUGGGUGUACCUCUACCUCAUUAUCCUUACUUCCAAGUUCCAACCUCCUACCUACACUAGAUACCUACCUAGGUAACCUAAAUAUAUCCUAUUAGGUUAGGGAUUUUAGUUGGAUCCAUGAUUCUGAUUCCAUGGAUCAAUUGAUGGUCUCGGUAUCAACUAAGCUUAGACCAUCAUGAAAUCAUUUUUGGCAAUACUUCGUCGUCCGGCAAAUGUACCUACGUUGCCUUCAGGUCCGGAAAGUGUCACACUUGACAUCGUCGGUCGCCUUCCCAUUGAACUGCAAUUAUCCAUACUCGACUAUCUCGAAUCAGAUGAUAUAGAGGCCGCCAUCAAUACGUGCCGCAGCUGGCGCAACGCCUGGCUAAGCGAUGAGAUAUGGCCAAGACUCGCCCAUCGGUUGUUCCCAGGCUUGGAACAUCACAUCCGUAGAUCUGCUACUGAUAGUGAAGACACAGGUGAUGCAUUCCGACGCGUUUUACACAAAAUCCAGGCAAGACAAAGCGGCCGUUUCACUUUUGCCCUACACCAUGAAAUCCGGCUAGACCCCGAGCAUUUCUUCACCUCGAGCAAACACGUUCCUGUACUGGAAGGAGGCGUCCAUCCACAUGCCCUCUUGAAUCCUUCAUACAAUCGUCCUGGCAAUGAAAACUCUCGUUUCAUGUUAUACAACAAUGGCCGAAUAGCAUGGUGGCCUGAUAAUUUCCUCCCGUACUUUGCUAUCGUGGAUGAUAUACGUACGAGAAGACGACGGGGAUAUAUGUUCCCUCGCCCUGAUGGAGAAUUACGAGGUUUCAAGACGUCAAUGAGUGAUAAGCUCCUCCUCUUAGGGCAUAAAAGAAUACUACACGCCUGGCAUCUCGAGCUGGAUAGGCUUUGCUCUACCGAGGUUCCAGGAAAUAUUGUUCGUUGUGUAGCUGAAGGGGAAACGGUCCUCAUCAUCUCUAAAAAUGCGGAACUUUUCCAGUGGAGCUUUGGACACGAACCCCAGCUUAUUGACACGAGCGGUUGCUAUGAGAAAGGCCCACUCGAAACCGCCGACGUAUAUGAUUUCUUUUCCACGGACUUUUCUUAUUCCAACGCCGGCUCAAAGCUAGUGAAUAAUGGAACUCUAGUGGACUUCAUCCUUCACCCCACGGAUGAUAAUAUAGUGUUUGUCAUCACAUUAAGUAGGGGCCCGGCUUCGCAAGAGGUGCGGGUGUAUGAAAUUCGCCAUGGCCAACUGGCUGAAACUUAUUGCUUAUCCUUGGAUAGAAACAAAUGGCCCAUCCUUCGCGAGAUAGUUAGUGGCUUCAUAAACUUGCGAUGGGAGAAGGUUGAUUCCUACGGCGGUUAUUGUCUGACUCAAAUCACACAUGUACCUCCAUGGGAUCCCACUAUACCCUCCGAAUCAACUUCACUCCCCUGCGAUGGGUUUCACAGUCUCGCGAUUCAUCGUCGUCCUUGUCUUAUAGCUGUAUGCUUUAACAUCUAUACCAAAUCCCUUUCAAUCUCUUACUAUCAUCAUACUGGACUCAAACAUCAGGAGAGCACCUGUAAAAUAUGGAAUAGCCGACUGGUCACCACUCAUAGGUUUACUUUGCAAGGCUCCCUCUUAUCUCUACCCUCUUGUAACCUACUACGCUCAUACGACAAGACGAACCCUACCCCUUUUUAUUCGACAGUAACUAGUAGGCAUAAUGGCCUUUCACGACGAAAGAGAGAAGAUCCGGGUGCACUAGGUCUUGAGUUGGAAUUCCACAAUGCAGACUUUGCAUUUGAUCCAUAUCAGCAUACUAAGAUGGCUGCAAUCAGCAAUGACUUUCAACAUAGAUCUCUAAAAGUGGUAGGAGAUGACGACUUUUUGAUUUUGAUAAAUGAAACCCUCUAUUCUGUAUGGGGUUUCGAGGACGAUUUACCCGAAAAGAUGAUUCAAGGUGGACGAAGCCUAUGGCGCACUUUCAUUUACUAAGAUUACAUACAGAGUACGUUGGUACCUAGGUAGAUAGCCCUGGAGGUGUCAUUACAUUCGAACCACGGUCUAAAAUUAAUCGCACCGUACGUAUCUACGUAAGGUACCUACCUAAAAGCCUACCUAGUAGUGAGCACUUCAUGGACUACAACGAAGGAUAUAGCGUCACAAUCUCCUUACUUCUCAGUGACGGGAGUCGGCCGUGACAGAUCUAGAAUUAUUAAACGAGA